AUGGUUGAUUUAACUGUUGAUCCCGAGGAUGUGUCUCCGAAUACUUCCUCCCUGAGUCCUGGAACUUCUCGAGGUAUGUUUGGCAUUCAACACAUACCAAAGCAUGACACUGUUAAACUCACUGAAUCCACAUACCUUCUUUGGAAGCAUCAAGUGGCUUUGAUAAUUGAUGGCUAUGGGUUGCUGAGGUUCAUCUAUGCCGGUUCUGUUGCACCAGAUGAGUUCAUCACUAAUGCGUAUGGAGAACUUGAAGAGAAUCCAGUAGGUUCUGCCUCACUUGACCGGACUUACAACUGCAAUGUCAAUCUGGAAUACUAUAUCUCGGAGUAUCUUGCCAAAGUCAAAUCCAUAUGUGAUUUGUUGAAUGCUUCAGGUAGUGUGGUUACUGAGCAAGAACAUUCUAAUGUUGUAGAUUGUGAGGCUCGACAGAAGAUGUUCUUGAGUGAAAACUUUUCUGCAAAUCUUGCUCUUCACUCUCGGGAAGGUGCUGCUACUGAAACUGGCUCUUGUGGAACUCAGGAUGUUAAUACUGGGUCAUCACAGGAUCAUUCAUCUCGUGGACAGUCGAAUGGAUAUCGUGGUCGAUGUCGAGGGCGUAAUAAUAAUCGUCCUCAAUGCCAGUUGUGUGGCCGGUUUGGACAUGUGGUCCAAAAGUGUUAUCAUCGUUUUGAUAGAGACUACACUGGUGUGUCCGGGUCUGAGUCGAUGCAAGAGAAUGGCUCGAAGCCCACUGGUGCUGGGAAUUCUGCUAAACACUCGCAAUCUAGUGGACAACCUUAUGCUCACACCAUAACCUCCAUGCCUUCUCGUUCGAACUUUGUUCCCACUCCGUUUUACUUUCCUUCCCCGUAUGCUCCUGGAUAUUACCCCUUUCCUGGCUUCUCUCCUAGUUUUGCUUCGAAUAUCUCUUGUGGUUCUCAUGGUACAUCCCCCUCUUUUUUGACUCCUAGUUCAGCAGCAUAUGCGUCCCCUGUUCCAACAGACUCCAGGACUUGUUCUUCAGCAUCAACCGACUCCUUGUGGUACCCUGACACUGGUGCUACACAUCAUGUAACAAAUGAUAUUUUUGUGUUUCAAUCAGGUACUCUUUAUACGGGUGGUAAUUCCUUGCUUAUGGGUAAUGGUGAUGGUAUUCCAAUUGCUCAUGAUGCUCGGACUCAAGUGGUUCUGCUCCAAGGGAGGCUCACGAAUGACGGGUUGUAUCAGCUGCUGUCUUGUGAGGAUCAGAGGUCUUCUUACUUGGUGAAUAAUGUCUCGAAGUCACCUGUGUCUUUGAAAUUGUGGCAUCAGCGUCUUGGUCAUCCUUCUCUUGAUAUUGUUCAACGUGUUUUGAGGUCGUGUAGUUUUGUUUUCAAUAAAACUGAAGCAGUGAAUGUGUGUUCUGCUUGUAUGCAAGGGAAAUCUCAUAAGUUGCCAUUUUGUAAAUCUUUGACUAAAUAUAAUGAGCUUUUCCAACUUGUUGUCUCUGAUGUCUGGGGACCAGCUCCUGUAUGCUCCACUGACGGAUUUCGUUAUUAUGUCUCCUUUGUUGAUGUUUGUAGUCGUUAUACCUGGAUGUAUCUCUUGAAACGUAAGUCUGAGGUGGCUCAAUGUCUUCUUGAUUUUGCAAAAUUUGUUGAAGUACAAUUUGGAUAUAAAAUUAAAGCACUGCACAGUUAUGGUGGUGGGGAGUAUCAAUCACUUCGAAAAUGGUUAUGUGCCAAUGGAGUGGAGCAUUGUCACUCGUGCCCUGGUACCUCGGAGCAGAAUGGUAAGGCUGAGAGGAAGCAUAGGCACAUUGUUGAAACAAGAUUGACAAUGUUAGCUUAG